ACCAAAGGCUAAGUCUUGAAAACAUGAUUCCUGCAACUGUUCACACUGUCCUGAGUGCUCUGUAUUUAUGCUGCCACAGAAAGAACUGGUUACACUCGGAGGAGAAACACAAGAAACACUAAGGACUGAAAUGCGCUUGCAGCUAAAGUAUCCUCAUCAUGAAUAGGUACACAACUAUCAGACAGCUUGGUGAUGGGACCUACGGCUCUGUCCUCCUAGGGAGAAGCAUUGAAUCUGGAGAGCUAAUAGCCAUUAAAAAGAUGAAGAGAAAGUUUUAUUCCUGGGAGGAAUGCAUGAACCUUCGAGAGGUUAAGUCUUUGAAGAAAUUAAACCAUGCCAAUGUAGUAAAGCUGAAAGAAGUUAUCAGGGAAAAUGAUCAUCUGUAUUUUGUGUUCGAAUACAUGAAGGAAAAUCUUUAUCAGUUAAUGAAAGAAAG